UAAAAAAAUUAAUAUGCUCAGUUUCGGUUAUGAAAUAGGGAUGGGGUUUUCUUUUUUGAACGUGGUAAAUCGCUAAAUCGAUCUGGUUUAAUUACUGGUAUUGAAAACAAUGCGAGAUUAGAGGUUGGGUUCUGAUUAAUGGCGGUUUGGAGAAAUUCUGGUGCAGGGUGUUGCCUGAUCUGAAUUUGAGAGAUCUGGGUCGGCAAAGAUUGAUUUUUUUAUGAAUUCUUGCAUGCCCAUUUGGUUUAAGAGCUCUGGGUUUUUGUUGUUUUGAGGUGUGUUUGAAUCUGGUUAUCUGUCAUUGUUGUGAGGUUUGAUUAUUGGGAAGGGCUCUUUGAAUUCUUGAAUGGUUAUAUGUUGUCAGUUGAUCUGUAUUCUCCUGUGAUUUUGGAUCAAUUGGUUCAGAAAAUUUGCCUGGUGAAGAACAAAGCUGCAGAAUGAAAUAAGGCCAUAGGAGUGGUUCUUCUUUGUGGUGAACCCUGAAGGGAUGUUGGAAGAGCGAUCUUGUUUGGUAUCGAGGAACUACGGGAGAGGGCAUACGAGGACUUGUAUGAAUUGCCGGAUUGAUGUGAAUGGCAAAAGGCCAUUGGAAGAUGACAAGGAGAACGAACUCGUUCCUAGCAAGUUUGCAAGGCAAUCUGAUGGUGUUUGUGAUAGAGUCGAUACAUCUCUAUCCCUAGGUGUUUCUUCAGCGUCCUGUGCUGAUGAAGUGGAAACGAGUCUAACGCUAGAUGGUGAUAUGUUGGCCCCGACCAUUGAGGAUAAUUCGGAAGAUAGCUCUCUAAUACCUAGUAUUGGUCGAGAUAAUGCCAUUAGUUGUCUCAUUCAUUGCUCGAGGUCGGAUUAUGGUGUCAUGUCGGCUUUAAACAGGAGCUUCCGGUCAUUAAUCAGGAGCGGGGAUAUCUACAAAUUAAGACGGAUGAAUGGUGUGGUUGAGCACUGGGUUUAUUUUUCCUGCAAUUUACAGGAAUGGGAAGCUUUUGACCCCAAUCGUCGUCGUUGGAUGCGUCUUCCCACGAUGAAUUCUAACGAAUGCUUCUGGUUCUCCGACAAGGAAUCGUUGGCUGUUGGAACCGAGCUCCUCGUGUUUGGCAAGGAGCUAAUGGCACAGGUCAUUUAUCGAUACAGUCUACUCACCAAUUCAUGGUCGUCUGGGAUGCAGAUGAAAGAGCCACGGUGUUUGUUCGGUUCUUCCAGCAAAGGGGAGAUAGCGAUUUUCGCGGGUGGGUGUGACUCGCACGGUAAGAUCCUUAGCUCAGCCGAGCUUUAUAACUCCGAGACGGGAACUUGGACGCUAUUGCCAAAUAUGAACAAGGCGAGGAAGAUGUGCUCCGGGGUUCUCAUGGAUGGAAAGUUUUACGUGGUGGGAGGCGUUGGAGGGCCCGAUUCGAAGCUUUUGACUUGCGGGGAGGAAUAUGAUUUCGAGAAAAGAACGUGGACGGAGAUACCCAACAUGUCCCCCGUGCGUAUGGCUGCAGUUAGGGAAAACGGCUUGCCCGCCACAGCUGAAGCACCGCCUUUGCUUGCAGUCGUAAAUAACCAAUUGUAUGCAGCUGACUAUGCUGACAUGGAAGUUAGGAGGUACGACAAGGACAAAAAGGCGUGGGUUACUCAAGGAAGAUUGCCCGAGCGAGCAAAUUCUAUGAACGGUUGGGGCUUGGCUUUUCGAGCAUGUGGCGAUAGGCUUCUCGUAAUCGGGGGUCCUAGGACCGUGGGUCAAGGAUUCAUCGAAGUGAACUCGUGGGUCCCCAGCGAAGGACCGCCACAGUGGAAUAUGCUCGGGCGUAAGUCAUCGGGUAGCUUUGUCUAUAAUUGCGCGGUGAUGGGUUGCUAACAAUGUGGAUAAAGAUGCCUCUUUUACAUACAUGAUAGGAUUAAUGGGGCAAAAGGAAUGUUGCUAAUGGGUAAUUUAUCCAAUCUUUUCUAUUUUUUUUUUCUUUUCGCUUUCGAAGUUUUAGUUUCCUUUUCUCAGAGGGAGGAGGACAGGGAAUCAGUAUACUCAAGAUUCGACACCAUAUUUAUUUUCAAGGAGUCUUGAAACCAACAUUUUCUGCUUCAACAAUUCCAUUUAAUCGAUUCGUCUUCCCCCCCAUUCUCGUAACAUGAAAUUUCAGAGGUGGUCAUCAGAUAGGAAAGAGAUAGGUUAAUAACUUGAGGCAGGGUGCAAUACAGUUGUAGAUCUUGAUUAGUGUUUGUUGAAGUUUCUUGAAGAAUUGUAGACUUAGUUUCGUGUUUCUUUUUUCUUUUUUCUUUUUUUAUUUUUCCAUAUUUUUCUUGGCGUUGCCGAGGAGGGGGAAAAUAAGUUUCUUGGUUAGGACUUGUCAAUGUACUGAACACCUUUGUUGUUGAAAAGAAUGGGCUAUACAGUGAAUUUUUGGUUAAAAA